AUGCUUAUCGAAAAACUGAUAAAUGAUAUUGAACAAAACUUAUUUCUUCCGAAAGAUUUAAUAUCCAUUCAAACUAACGAAAAUCCAAUUUCUAAUGCUGAUACCCCACUGGAAGAACAGUAUAGUUACAAAAUCAAAUAUGAUAUAGUAGCUGAUGCAUCAGUCUUGACGUGUGGUUGCUGUAUUUCAAAUUCAUUAUAUUUCCAAAUUAGUAAUAAGCUAAACUCAAAUCUCAUUAAGUGUCCCACAUGCGAUAGUUGUAAUGCUAAACUUAUAGGUGCCAUUAAUCCAUUACGAAACCUUUAUCAUCAAUUAGAAAAUUAUAAAUCACAACUGCGAAGUGACUCAACUGACACACAACUUAUGAAAACAUCAUCGUUCCCACAUACAGAUCAUCAUAGUCUUGACACGGAAGGUUCCACUCCACCUUUACCCAUCGAAUAUCCAUCAUCUUAUUACAGCGAGAAAGGUUACAUACCGUCAGAAACAACCAAAAAAAGUUUAAUAUCCUUGUUUCAUUCCAUUGCCACCGAAUAUAACUCUGAUUCACUUGGAUUUACUAAUAAUAAUGGGGGCAUAACUAAUGUAUCAAAGAACGACUUGCAAUCAGACAUAAAUGAAAAAUCUUACUCUCAACAAGAACGGAAACUUCAGAAAGGAGGUAAUGAUUUACCAGUAUUAGAUACUGUCUCAGUUACCAAGACCGUACCUAUUUCUCAAGAUAACAAGUCAUCAACCAUUUCAAUCACUACAAAAACGGUCGAACAAAAACUAAAUAAGAACAAUAACGGCAACAACAACCACACAAUUGAGAAGGUCUCAAGCAAUACAACACCACUAGCAAAUGAUACCAAAAGUAUACAAGAAAAAAAUUUACAAUCUACCACAUUUGAUGAACAAAAGGAAUACUACUUUGCAAAAUGUUUCCCAAUGUAUAGAAAGAAAUCCCAGUAUGCAACACAUUCUAAAUUCUUAAAAACUAAAUCAAAAUUAUUCAUUAAUACUGCCAUCUCACCAGAUUGUACCAAAUUUGCCUUAAUUACUGAACAUAAAUGGGAAGUUUAUGCAAUUGAAAAUGAAAAUAACAUUACAGUAUCUCCAACUUUAUUAUUUUGUGGGAAAUCAAAUGGUCAAUUUGGACCUAAUUUUGAUAAAUUGCAAUAUCCUGAUGAUAAAUCUUUACUGCUAGAUACAAGGAAUAAUGACACGCCUCCUUCGAACACUAAAAAGAAAAAUAAAGGUGAUUGGGAACAAUUUUGUUGUAAAUUGUCUAAUCAUUUCUUAGUUAUCUCAGGUUCACAUAAUAUCUUUAGAGUAUUCAAUCUAAAUAAAAACGGAGAAUUGAUAUAUAGUCAUCAAUCUGUAUUCCCUAUCAGAUGUAUCGAUAUUGAUCCAUCUUCUAAAAUAAUCGCAUGUGGUAUAACUGGUAAAGAAAAGCAUUCUGGUUCGGAACAAGCAUUAAUCGCCUUCCAUAGAAUUGAAAAAAAUAAAGUAACUUUGGAACCUGAAUUCUUAUCACCAAUGACUAUAAUAUUACCAUAUCGAGAUCCAGUGAAAACCGUCCAAUUAUCUAAUGAUGGCUUAUAUUUAUCAUGCUCUACAGCAUUGGAAUCAAGAUUUCUAAUAAUAUCUUUGAAAAAAAUUAAUGAACCAAGAUUGAUCAUGAAAAGUUUGAGAUCAAUUGAUACAUCUUUGGAAUCAGAAGGUAUUACUGAUACCAAAUUAUUCCCAGGAAACCCAAAUUUAAUGUGUGUCACAUCUACUGCAUUCAAAUCACCUCCAAUCAUAAUUAACACCAAGAUUGAAAAUAUUGAUGGUAUUCGGAACGUUGCACAACCUACAUUACUUAUAAGAUUAAACAAAUUAGGUUCUAAGAUUCAUAAAUGUGAAGUUUCUCCAAGAAGUGAUGCCAUUGCUUUCUUAGAUAGGAACGGUUCUGUCUAUAUUAUGUCAGCUCCAACAAUGUUAGAAGAUGAAAAGAAAAGAAUUGUUUUAGUGGAAAUGGUAUCAAAUGCAUACAAAGCUCAUGAAUCUGCGUCGUUGAAAUUCAGUCCAGAUGGCCAUAAAUUAUAUAUAUUGGAUAGGAAAGGUAUAUUAUAUGUAGAAGAUUUCGCAUAUGGUUCCCCAGAUAACCGUGAAAUAACAAAAUGCAAACAAUUGGAUUGA